AUCUUCUCUAUUUCUUUCGGCUUCGUUCCUUCGCAGGAGUGUUGAGUUUUGUACGAGUUCUUCGUCGCUGUUCGAACUCGCUCCUUCGACGACGUUCACUUCCUGUUGGAGCGGAAGUUACGACAUUUUUUGAUCGGAAGCAACAACGGGAGCUCGCUUGUUGUGAGGUCCUGGAUUCUACGCUGCCCUCCUCCGCUCUUCUUCCUUGCUUUGGUCGACGAUAUUACCAAUUUCUGAAACCUCCGAAGACAAAGAAGCAGGGAAGUCGGGACGGGAGCUCUCUUGAGAAGGCAUCGAAGUGAGCAGCGGUUUGUGAAGAAGAAAAGGAUGUUCGUGAGACUUGUAGAUUUAAGUUAAACGCACUCAAAUGCUAGGGGGCUGUUCGGUAGCAGGAUUUGAUUUAAAUCAUGCCAAAGGACAAAAAUCGUCAAGCUAAAUCUCACCGCAAGUUAAAUCAGUCGUUCUCCAUUAUUCGCCAUCAACCUCGGAUUUACUAAAUUGGGAGUUAAGGGGAUUUAUAGGAUUUAUGGAAAAGAAAAGAGGGAAAAAGGUUCGGAGAAAUACAUGUUCCUCCGUCUCCUUAGGCUCGACGGGCAGCCGGCCGAAGGAGAUCUCGAUCGCCACGACUCCGGAUUGAACUUUUCAUUCUCCUUGUUGGGCUUUGCUACUACACUUCUCGGUCAAACUGAAUUAGUGAGCAUGAAAUCUGGUCUACAGGGUCAAACAAUUACUGAUCUAUCUGCGCAAGAUAAAUCUAAGAAAGAUGAUAAAACAGCACAUGGGAUAUCUGUGAAAAGUAAAGCUGCUAGAGGACUUGGCUGGAGGAAAUCUGGAACCUCAGUUGGGAAGGUUUCUAUACAGAAACGUAAAACUACUGAUAACAAUCAGGUUGCCGUUGAAAUGGAGCGAUGUAUAAAAAUGAAAAGCUUAAAUUCUUCUCCCAAACAGAGGACGCUGCAGGCAUCAGGUAAUGAUAAUAGAUGUUACUUGGAUUUACCUCCUACUCCAUCGAUGCAUCCAGAGUUUCCUGUGACGGCAUCUACUAGCACCCGGUAUAGGCAUCUAGAAGUUCCAACAUCUGUGAGACUACAUUCUCCUCUUCACAUUCAAAAGCUGCAUCUUCAGCUGUUUCCUAUGGAUGAACGUACGCGCAAGUUUUUGGAGGAGGAGAAUCAUUGCCCUUACUUAGAGCUAACUAUAACAACCAAAAAGAAGAUAGCUUCAGUAAUUAGGCAUCUAAAUAUCAAGUGGGGAAAUUCUAGAAGUGCAUCAGAAGAGCUCACUCUCUUUCCUUAUGAUGCCCGAAUGGAAAAUCUGGAGAGAUAUAAAAGAUGGACUUUGAAGGACUCUGAUAUCACAGCUUCUGAAGUCCAUGCCGCCAUUGGUAAACCAGCUGUUUUUAGGCUAAGGUAUGUAUGGCUCAAUAAUCAGGAAAAAGAGCUGUGUACAGGACUAAGCCGAGAAUGCGAAUCACCACCGGCUGAACCGCCGCUGAAACAAGUUGUUUUAGAAACUGCUCCCAUGAAAACAAUUGAAGCAGCGGAUAAUGUGAGGCCUGAAAAUGAUGUGAAGCUUUCAUGGAUUGAUUGUGUUUCCAAUAUGAGUUUUGGAGCUCUACUUUCUGAAGUAGAAGCAGCUGAAGGUGCUAAAGUUUGCCCUCAAGCGCCUCAGAAGCAGAUUGCAAUUAGCUGUGAUUCAUUUGAUGCUGCAAUUGCAGCACAUAUUUUGAGAUAUCAAGCUGGAAACCAAUCCUCUGCAAUGGUCCAACCAUCUAUUCUAGAUGCUGAAGAAACAUGCAAUCCUUUCUCAUUUCAUAACUCCACUUCUUUGAACAAAAAUGUUCGAGUUCAAUCUCAAGUUACCCCUAUCCCUUCAACUAGUGAAAAUGCUGAACACCAUAUAGUGAAACCGUUCAAAGUGCCUUCAGUUGAGCCAGUCAAUACGACCUUGAUAUCCGAAGGUGCGCAGCCUAUUCAAGCCGAGACUAAUCAAUUUUUAGUUGACUGUCAAGCUAAUAAUCAAGAGAAGGAAGAAAUGCAGGUUGAUAUGAAUGCGACAAUCAAUGUAAAUAACCAGUUUGAAGGGCUUGAUAUGCAUUGGCCACCUUCGGCUGGCCCCUGGCAAUUUCUAGCUCCUCCUCCUCAACUCAUCAUUAGCAGUGACAGCAAUGGCCUCAAUGGGCUUGAUUCUACCCGUCUCGACACUUUUUAGGAAAAAGGUUUUCUGAAAGUAGCUCUAGCGAUUGAUACCCACUUCCUCUUCCAUAUUAUAAUCUGCUGCAGAAAAUUUUCAUUGCUUGGGAGUCUGUUCCAUUCAUUUUUCGUUUAGCUAGACAUUUUCCACCUAUUGUUAGCUUUGGAGUUAAGGUAGAUGUGCUCCAAAAGGAUUUUUUUUUUGGAAUGUAAAUACGAAUUGUAUUUGUAGCGUAUAAAUAUAAAUAUAAACCUUUUAA